AAAAUAUGGCGCUAAAUUUGUAACUAGCUAGGUAGCAUGUUUGGAUCAGCAAGCUUUUAUGGCUCAUCAUACCUAAAGCGGAAACAUGAAGUAAUAGCCCAGAUUGUUGAAAAACGAGUGAAAAAACAUGUAGAAGAGAAACUUCCAGAUCAGUUUAAGCCAAGUUUGGCUGGUCCGUCUGCAAACUGGGAAACAUUUUUCCGACAGCAAGAAGCAUUUGAAUAUGCACGUACCAAAGCCAAGGACCUGUGUGUGUUUGCCUAUGAGAGUAAGACCCUGGGGAAGGAAACUGGUCAGAGGAGAUACCUGGUGGCCAGUCUACCGGGGUUCUGGCACUACUACAGCCAGUUGAAAGAACCUCAAAGACAUCAUUAUGAGGUGAUUCCAGAGGGUGCUGUUUGCAAGCUUUAUUUUGACCUUGAGUUUGAUAAGGAGAAGAACCCCAUGAAAAAUGGCAAUGAAAUGGUUCACACUUUGUUCAAGUAUGUGUCCUUCUGGAUGAAGCAUCAGUUUGGUGUGACGUGUACUCGGAGCGAUGUUCUCGACUUGGAUUCCAGUACCAACAAAAAAUUCAGUCGUCACCUAAUUUUCCAACUGACUGACGUUGCAUUUAAAGACAACACACAUGCAGGGAAAUUUGUGAAUUAUAUUUUCAACAUACUUUUGGACGUAGCCCUCGAUUUGAAAAACAUGAAUCGUGCACCAUUGGACCAGUUGUCCACUGAGAAUAAUCCAAAAGAUGAACUUUGUAGCACCAAGCAAGACACAACGGAAAGUGAAAACAAGAGUAACGUUCAGACUGAUCCAAGAAAUUUGAAAUGUUUCUCUGAAAAAGAACACCAUACAGAUGAUACAGUGAAGUCAGAAAGUGAGAGAUCAGUAACAGAACAUAAAAGACGACAAGAGAGGCAAUUAGUGAUGGAUUCCUUCACACAGGCGGAAUUAGAAUCAUUAGUGGUCCAAGGAAAGAAUGACACAGAGGUUUUGUUUUGUGAUACAGGUGUGUACACAAAGAAUCGUAAUUUUCGACUCUACAAAUCCAGCAAACUUGGAAAGAAUAAUCCAUUGAAAUUGUCACAGCAAAACACCUACGAGCUGCCAGACAGAUCAACCAUUAACAAAGAGAAAGAAAUAUUCUUCAGUUCCCUUAUUUGUAAUGUCAGGUACACAGACAAAUUAAAAAUUCUAACAUAUGAGUUAGCUGAUUCAUCCACUAGACUUACCAGACGAAAGACUGAACGAACAAAUGAAAACAAUCUGACAAACACUACAGAUACAAUCGAGGGUUACACAAAAUCACCAUACCCAGAGAUUGAUGACUUCAUACUGAGCAUCAUCACUAGUGAUGGUCACCAUGGUUACAUCAGACACUGGUCCUACUUCACCCACGAUGAACUUCUGGUUUAUGACCUGGCAAGGUUCCGUUUCUGUGAAAACAUUGGCCGUGAACAUCACAGCAAUAAUGUUAUGUUGGUUGUGGAUAUGAAGAGAGGUGUUUAUUACCAGAAAUGUCACGACCCAGUAUGUCGAUCCCAGAACUUCAAAUCUUCUGAUUAUAAACUUCCUGACAGUGUGUUACCAGCACACUAUUUCGACGACCCUGUUAACAUGUUGGCAGCAGAAGAUGGCUUUAACUCGGACUUUGAGGACGAGGAUUGUGUCAGAGAGGCAGAUAACAUGGAGAGAUCGCUCGUCAUGGAAGACAAAAGUUUGAGUGACAUAGAGCUGCUGUCUGCAACAGAAGAUCUAGAAAACAGCAUACAAGAACAAAGCAAAUAACUUAUCGGAGAUGAAAGUUUUCAGAAUUUAUCAGAAAGAAAAAAGAAAGAAAUGUUUUAUUUAACGAUGCACUCAACACAUUUUAUUUAAGGUUAUAUGGCAUCAGACAUAUGGUUAAGGAACACAGAUAUUGUGAGAGGA